GUUACGACAGUAGGAGCCAAUUUACGUCGCUGCGUGACGUCAGAGCUGCUGCCAUAAACGAGUACGGUCGAUGCAGAUGUGUGUGUGUCCGCGAAGUGGCCGAGCAAAAUUCGAGCUGAUGGACAACACAAGUCGACAUGAUACACAAUGACGUGGAGAAUGAUGACAAUUGGGUUGCUAGCGAUGAUGAUGAAGAGGAGGCUCCGAUGAGAUGUAGUUUCUCAGUAGAAGACCUCCUGGACGAGGUGGAGAAGGUCUGUUACGAUGCCUCAGGGACGUCGAAGGUUGAGAUGGUGGUGCGCCUGUGGAAGGACGGCUUCACUGUCAACGACCAGGAGUUCCGUAGCUACUCGGUACCUGAAAACCAGCAGUUCCUGGACGCCAUCAAAAGGGGGGAGCUCCCGGCAGAGUGGGAGAGUCGGGCUGAGGAAGAAGAGCUGGAGGUCAAUGUGGAGGACCUGACAGAAGAAGCCUAUGUUCCCAAAAAGAAAGUUUUCCACCCUUUCAGCGGGAGAGGAUACCGGCUUGGCAGCGUAGCCCCCAGAGUUGUGGCCAGGUCGCCAUCUGUGCACGAGGAUGGAGAAUCUCCUCCUAUUCCCAUGGUAACGCUGAACCACGCCCUCCCCGUGACCUCGCUGCAGAUCUGGUUGGCUGAUGGCAGGAGAUUGGUGCAGAGGUUCAACCUAUCACAUCGGAUUGUCGACGUUCAAGACUUUGUGGCGCGCUGCCAGAGGAACUGCCCGCCUUUCGUCCUGACCACAUCGCUUCCCCUGCAGGAGCUGAACAACAAAGAGCUCAGCCUCCACGAGGCGGAUCUGUCAAAUGCUGUCAUCGUCCAGAGGCCUCUGGACACACAGGCGCCCUUUGGACACUCUGGAAUAGCACCUUAAAUCCUCUGAUUCCUUUGUGACCUUUCACCUGUCCUUCACCUACCUUUCAUUGUAAUCUGUCACUGUGGAAGUAUUGUGGGAUUAUUAACAAUCCUGUUUAUAUUUGGUGUUAAAGAUCACAUAAUACGCUAUAUUGCUUUCAUACUUAUAAUCAUAUAUAUGAAGUUCACCUUGUCUUUGGAGCUUAUGUAAGGUGCAAACUCUUUUUAUCUCGAUUAUACAGCCUGAAUCCGUUUGCAAAUGCUCUCAUCCAAUCAGAAGCAUAAUCAGAUAAAAAAGAAUGUAUACUUGCUCUUAGCUCACCACUAAAUGCUCCUCUUGUCUUUGGAGGUCUCCCAUGAGCAGACAGCAGCAUAUAUUACUGACUGACCACAAAUUUUAAAUAUAUAGAACUGGAUUGUUUAUCACACUUCUGUCUCCUGUUCAUUCAUGUUGUAUAUUUAUUGUGCUAUUAAAUUAAACAAAUGAAAAGCCCCAAAGACAGGAUUGCACAUCAGGUGUAAACGGGAUUGUGUCCAGUGCAUCAAACUGGUCAAAGGCGCUUGUUGUUGCUGGUUGUUUAGGGUCCGAUCCCCUCUGGAGGACAUUUUUUCUGCCAGAAAAAAAACCCUCAAUUUGAUCCCCGAUGCAGAUGGUAAUCAUCCUGGUGUCCAUCUUCUGGUUCAUAACAUUUAUGAACCCUUCCCCUCCCCUUCUCAUCCUGCACACAAACAUAUAAGGCCGCACCAAAAGAACGCACGUUAAGGUCUUCCCAAACUGUGAUUCAUAUUUUACUGCACUUUUGAAAGCCAGUAUGCUGCUUGUUUUACAUUGAAUCUUCAUGUUGCCUCUUUGCUCAUUCUGACAAGUUAUUCAUGGUAAUGUUUCAUUUAUAUCACACUAAGCUUGUUAUCAUGUACGAAUGUAUCAUAUUAUCUGCUUUGCAUUCUUAAUGUCCAACAUGGAGUUCAAAACUAAACUCACAAUACAGAAAAUGGAAUAUGAACAGUA